AAUGAAACUUGACAGUUGUGUAGUGUCUCUGACCGACCUCUGUUUUAUCUCAUCGUCAGUGAUAAGUGGUGAUAAGUAACCAAAAAGCAUAAAAUCACUUGCAAGUUGCACUGAUUAACUGCACUUUAGAACUUAUAGAUUGCAACUUGCUUACGUCCUUAUUUUAAUAUAAUUUGUAUAGUGUUACUUGGUUAAAUUUAAAACGUUUUAAGUAUAUACAAAUCGUUUUAAGUAAUUAAAUAAAAAAAUUACUAAAUUUUAAGUAGUUCGUUUUAAAUUAAUUGCAAUGGCUUAUACAUUAUCAAAUGGAUCUCUCGAGAUUAUAAUAAAUGGUGGAGUUUAUGAAAAACCUGUGAUACAAAUACUUGGCAUUCAAAAAAUUGAACAAAGUGGUGUCAAUGAGAGAUUUAGACUCCAGGUGUCAGAUGGCAAACAUUUCCAUAGCUUUGCCAUAUUGGCAACACAACUUAACAAUAAGGUCUAUUCUGGAGAACUGUCACUCUUUUCGGUAGUACAAAUUAAUGUAUUUAAGACCACACUCCUAAGAAAUACUAAUAAAGAAGAAAGAAUGAUAAUAAUCCUAGAUAUAUUAAUCAUAGCACGAGGCACAGAGGUUGGUAGAAGACUUGGGAAUCCUCAAUUAUGGACAAAUGCAUCGGCAUCUGCAGCUCCAGUACCAAUUCCAGCAACACCACCCCCGACAGCCAGCCAUGCUUCUGUCAGCACAACACCUAAACAUUUGACCGAUGCAGCCAGCCAUGCUUCUACCGACACAAAACCUAACCCAUUGCCUAGCACAGCCAGCCAUGCUUGUACCAGCACAACGCCUAAACAUUCAGCUGGCACUAGUUUUAAUUCUACUACAGUUGAUUCCAAAUUGACUAUUCCAAUUGCAAAUCUAACUCCUUACCAAAACAAAUGGUGUAUUAAGGCACGCGUCGUUAAUAAAACUGAGAUUAAAAGUUACAAAACAGCAAAAACUGGCAAAUAUUUCAAAGUGGAUCUUUGCGACGACAGCGGUGAAAUAGGAGCCACUGCUUUCAAUAAUGAAUGUGACAAGUUUUAUGAUAAAAUAGAGUCAGACAAAGUUUACUAUAUCAGUUCUUGUCAAAUCAAGACUGCAAAUAAACAGUUUUACAAGUUAAACAAUGAUUAUGAGAUGAUAUUCAAAUCAGAUACUCUCAUAGCAGAAUGUUUUGAUAAUGAUUCAACAUUGCCAACCGUUAAGUAUGACUUCUUGCCUAUCAGUGAUAUUGCUAAUAAAAGACCUGAUACAAUUCUGGAUGUUAUUGGUGUUUGUAAGAUGGCUUCUGAUCUACAAGAGUUCACAGCUAAAAACACCGGGAGAUUAUUAAAAAAGAGAGAAGUUACACUGGUAGACCAAUCGUCGGCGAUAACACUAGCGCUAUGGGGUAACGAUGCAGAAAAAUUUGAUGCGAGUACUAAUCCAGUUAUUGCAGUAAAGGGCGCUCGACUAGCGGAGUUCAACGGCAGCAAGUCACUGUCGUGCCUCGGGAGCACCAUGCUGCGGACCAACCCCGACCUGCCCGACGCGCACCGCCUGCGCGGCUGGUACGACCACGGCGGAGCCUCCGCAGAACUCGUCAACGUCUCCGCCAGAGUGGUCGGCUCUUCGGGCGGUAAGACGGAAUGGAUAACGUUUAAAGAAGCGGAAACGCGAAGAACAGGCAGCUUGGAAAAGGGCGACUAUUACAACUUACUGGGAGUGCUCAUUUAUACAUUUGCGGACAACGCAGUGUAUAAAGCUUGUCCACAAGACAGUUGUAACAGAAAAGUAUUAGACCAAGAAAACGGCCUCUUUCGAUGCGAAAAAUGUGACAGAGAAUAUACUAACUUCAAAUACAGACUGAUUUUGGGGGGAACCAUCGCAGACCCCACCGGUGACCGUAAAAUUACUGCAUUUAAUGAAGUCGCCGAGUCCAUGCUUGGAAAGUCCGCUGAGGAAGUAGGCCACUUGUUGGAGAACGACAAGGAAGAAUACGGACGCCUGUUUGAUGAAAUCAAUCUUAAAACUUUCUUGUUCAAUUUGAGAAGCAAGGCUGAAACUUACAAUAAUGAACAACGCGUACAAACCAUAGUGAUGAGUGCUCAGCCGAUAAACUACAAGGAUGCAAACUCUAGAUUUGUGAAAAGUAUCAAAACUCUAAGCGGAAUACAAGUAUAAUAAAUUUUACAUCACAAAUCGCUAAAAAAUCACUUAUUAGAAUAAUAUUAUUAUGCAUUAAUUUAAGAGUAUAUAGUGACAUAACAAUUAUAUUAAUAUAUAAAUAAUAUUUUUCAUAUACUAAUGUAAGAGCUAGUCAUGUACUGAAUGAUUAUAUUAUAUAAUUUAUUAAUAAUUUGUUAUUUGGUAAGAAUUAUUUACACGGACGUUAUUAAGUAUGUAGUUUAUUUACAAUACUGGAAUUAAUUUAAAUAAUGCUAUUAUGAAAUAUUUAGACAUGAUAUUAAAAUUAUUGUAUUAUACAAAAUUAUUUACA